AUGGUGUGCUAUCAGAAGCCAUCAUCAAUCAAGACAAUUCUAGACCAGUUGAUGCAUGCUUGCAUCGCUGCUGCAAACGGCUUCCUUCCUCUUGACAUCGCUAGUGUUAUAUCGAAACCUCAUAAGGACUUCAAUACCCUUGUUCCCGAACCCUGCCUCUGUGUCUACCAGGUUUACCAAGAGACAAGGCUGAUUGAUCAGAUACCUAAGCGAUCUGAUAUUCGAAACAACCAUACCAUGAACCGAGCACUGUCUAUUCGCUCCAACAAGAGCUCGUCCGGCAAUGCCGGCGGCUCCGGCCGCAAGGCCUUCUCGUUCUCCUCGCUGCGAGGCAACAUGCAGCCGGAGCUGUCACGCAAGCUGUAUCGGCUGAUCAAGUCGGACAACAACCUGAUCAACGCGCACGAGGCCGCUGGAAAGGAGCGGGUGGCGAUCGCGACACAGCUGUCCGAGUGGGGCGAGCAGACCGGCGAUGAGUCCCUUAGCGACAUCAGCGACAAGGUCGGCGUAGUGCUGAGCGAGCUCGGCGAGCAGGAGGACAGCUAUGCCCAUGCCCUCGACGAGAGCCGCGCCGUCCUCAAGCAGAUUCGCAACACCGAAAAGAGCGUCCAGCCAAGCCGUGAUGGCAAGGCCAAGAUCGCCGACGAGAUUGCCAAGCUCAAGAGCAAGGAGCCCGAGAGCGCUAGGCUCGUCGUUCUGGAGCAGGAGCUUGUCAGGGCCGAGGCGGAGAACUUGGUUGCUGAGGCUCAAUUGACCAAUGUUACUCGACAGAAGCUCAAGGAGGCCUACGACGCCGAAUUUCUUGCCACCAUCGAGCGGGCCGAGAAGCAAAUCAUCCUCGCACGCCACGGCCGCCGUCUCCUCCAGCUACUAGAUGACACUCCGGUUGUCCCCGGCGAUACACGUCCGAGCUAUGUUCAUGGAGCACAGGCUCGCCAGAUUCUGAACGACGCCGAAGAUGACCUACGUGACUGGCGGCCAGAGGCCGAUAACAUCGAUGCCGACUCCAGCGUCAAGUCCCCCGUGCAGAGCAUCGAGGCAGGAACCACUAACGUUGGCACGGCUGCCACUACUGAAGGGGGUGGUGCAACAAAAGAGGUACGGUUUCAAUGGAAAAUUCAAUUCGUAUUACUGUUCAACUACACGUAA